GCCAGUCGCGUGAUGGCGGGGAAAGUCUCCAUUAUACUACCGAAGAUAUGUAUUUUGCCAAAUACCUGAGAUCGAACCAGGAAUCACUACACGCUCAGUCUAACGCUCUCCCAACUGAGCUAUUUCGGCACGUUUAUUUAUAAAACAAACUUAUCAUGCAAACAAUUUCUUUUUUUAUUUUGUUUACAUGUGUUAUCUUAUCGCAAUAGUUGUUAAAAUACAGUGAAUUUCCUCGUGUAAAACAGUGUGAGCAGAUGAAAUAAGCAGAUGAUGACGGUGUCGUCAUCAAAUGGUUAAGUCAGUGCUAUCAUUGCGUUAUUUUACUUUCAUUUCCGUGUUUCAGAAUUGCAUUAUUAGUAUUUCGAUUUUUUAAAAUCGCGCGUUAUUUUGCAUUUUUAGCGUUCAAAUUUAGUUGACUCGCUUUAAUUUUUUAUGAAUAUGGCGACUUGUUGGCCACAUUACAGGCAGCUGCAAUUUAUAAGUGAUUAUAAAUCUUUACCAAUGUUAUGGGAUGUUAAUAAUGCAGCUUACAGGAAUCGUGAUGAAAGAACACUUGCAUAUAGAAUGCUUGCUGACAAAUAUAUGAUUACUCUUUUGGAUGUUGAAAAGAAAAUUAAAUGUUUAAGAACGAUAUUUAGACGAGAGCAUAUUAAAGUGUUACACAAAAAUGCAAUUGGUGAAAAGUACAAACCAUUGUGGUUUGGGUAUGAGGCAAUGCUGUUCGUUUCGGAAAUAGAUAAUAAACUUGAUAAAGGUUACCAUUCUGAAAAUGCUCCUGAGUCAGAAACACAGUUAAUAAAGCGUAUAAAGCAAGAGCCAACAACAUCGACGCAGUAUGAAGAAGUGCCUGUUAUUAAUUCAGUAUCUAAUGAAACAAACUUUGAAGAAAAUGAUGAACUGAUUUCAGAAGAUGGAUUUAAUUUAGAUGAUACUUUGAAAGAAAUUGAAGUUGCAAGUUUAUGUGGUUUUUCCAGCUCUUCAAAGAAACAGAAAAAUUAUAGUUUUACUUCAUCUAGUCUAAGCAAGACAUCACUUGCAAGCAAAAAAUCUGAAGACACUGAUGUUAGAAAAAAGGAUGAAUGUGAUAUAUUUGGAGAAUAUAUUGCAUGUAAACUGCGCAGAAUUAGCAGUCCACGUGCUAAAUCCAUAGUUGAACAUUUAAUUAACAAUAUAAUUUUUCAAGCUGAAAUGGGAAGGUAUGAUGAUUAGUCUGUGAAUAGAUAAUUAUAUGUCUAUACUAGAUGAAUAUAUCUUGUUGUAAAAAGAAUAGAAUUUUUUAUUUAUUUUACAGAGCUUAAUUUAUCUAUCAGGAUAGAAUGUGAUUAAUAAUUGGAGUUUGCUGUUCUAUUUAUUAGUACUUAAGUCAUAAUAUAUCAUUCCAUUAAAUGUUUACGUGACUGAUUGUGAUAAUCAGUAUUGUUCCUAUAUAAUGUUCCUAUAAAACAUUAAGAAGUUAUAUUAAUUCUACGGUACUUAUGUAUUAACGCCACCGCAGCUUCAAAUUUGGCGGUUUUUAAGUGCUGCCAAUCUACACCUAAAAUUUUGUGACAAAUCAUAAAUUAAAACACUUUAUUUAAAAUCAAAGUAGUCAAUUGGUUUUCGGUGGAAAAUGGGCCGAUAUAGAGUUUAACAUAGAUUUAAAACAGUCUCUAUUUUCUUUCACCUGAUUAUGUUGCCAUAUGAACUCUGCUAAAUAAGUUCUAAAUGAUGUCUUGCUGUCCCCCUAUGUCUCUUGUUCCUCCAUUUAGCACUACCCCACAUUCUCUCAACUGUUUCUGUAUGAACUCCUGUAUCAGGAUCAAUAAAAUUGUAUUUAUGAUUAACUUUAGUUUGUGGGAAUCCUUCUUUUCCUAGUCUAUUUGUUUGCUAACCUUUCCAACUGUUAUAAUAAAUUGUGCUACCAUCUGCAAUGUUUUCAAUAAUUUUAUUAAGGGUAGAGCCAGUUCUAUUUGGAACAGUGACAACAAACGAAUCUUUUGUUUCUCUACAUACCCACUGUUCGGUUAAUACUCGACCACAAUUAUUUUUACUCUUAGUUAACAAAUUUCAUCAAUUUCCACAAUGCAGUCUAGUCCACCUACCUUCUUGUUUGGUUUAUUCUCCAUAUCCAAGACACAUAAUUUAUGCAUGUAAUUGUUCCAAUCUAUAACAGUUUUAUUCGAUAAAUCAAGUUGCUUUUCACAAAAUGUAAUCGACAUCAACUCCUCGCACAAACAGUAUAUGAAUCUUAAAGCUGAACAAAAUGGAAUUCUUCUUCCUUCAAACCAGUUGUCUUUUCUAAGUCCCACUUGCUGAUCACACUGUCUUAAAUUACAUUUCCGAAACGUACGUUUACCAAAAUAAAGUUUCAUAUCAUGCGAAUUGGUACCGUUUUGUUUUUUUGGUAAAAUAUUUCUCUCCUGAAAAAUUAAAAUUGCAUCUUCUUCUGUGUUUGGCAAAUCCCAAAGACGCAUUUUCAGAGUACUAAAAAAUUGCGUCAAAAAUCAGCAAACAUCAAGGCAAAAAGGAAUCCAAAAGAUAACUGCAUGCGAAAAACAGGAUUGUUCUUUAUUGGCGUAUCAAUGCAACUUCUGCUGCGGUAGCGUUAAUACGUAAGUGCGGUGGCGUUAAUAUGCAAGUACCAAUUCUACUCCCAAUAUUGAAAUAUUCCAAUUUGAUGUUUGACAAUUAAGUUUGAGUAUUUUGUUAUGUGAACAUUGGUUGGUAAUAACAAGAGACUUUUCAAAAACCUUAAAAUAAUUUAGUUAAUUAGUCAAAAGAGCAAAUUUGAAGUUCAUGAAGAUUUUUGUUAUUUCAUGGCCUUUUUUAUAAUUAACAUAUAUGUAAUGUGGACUUGUAAUUAAGACACAUGCUUAUGGCUCAUCUUGCUGCGUAACUUAUGUACAACCUUUUCUUAGCUUCCCUUUCUUUGGAAUGGGUCUAUAUGGUAGAUAGGUGGGGCAUAAUUAUAAUGGAUCAUUCAAAACAUUCUUCAUUUUUUCAUUUCCAUUUAGUUGUCCUGCCUAUUUUUUAUUGCUGCUAAUAAAGAAUUAAUUUAUUUUAGUUGAUAAGUAUAAAUGGUUUUUCCUACUUGUAUUUCACUUGUGUGUGACAUUAUUUUCUUUUCAGUACAUGUCAAAAAUAGAGAGUCAAACCUUUAUUGUAUUCUUUUAUAUCAAAAAAAAAAAAAAGAUUAGAACAACUUAUAAAAUUUGGAAAGUAUUUUGAGAAUUUGUUCUUUCUGAUGACACAGUUUGAGAAAUUAAAAUUUAGAAAUUUCAAUCUCGGAGUUAAUGCCUGAUCCGGAUGUCCUUCAUCUUUAAUUAAAUAUCUGCUGAAGAAGUCAUUGUUGUAUUAUAAGAACUUUAUAAUGAACCUCUUAUAAUAAACAACCUGCUUAUAAUAAA